AGAACCCUCUUACAAAUAGUGUUGUUUUUAUUUUUAUUUUCUGUAUCACUCUGUUUCAUGGCUCUCCCAGGCGAGGUCGGGUUGCGCGUACUGCUUUGCCCUCUUGGUUCCAACGUGCUCGUCCGGACUGCCUGCUGCUCUGUGGGGAUUGCUUUACCCGUUUACUCAACGUUUAAAGCUAUUGAGAAUAAGGAUCAAGCAGAGCAACAAAGGUGGCUCCUUUAUUGGGCAGCUUAUGGAUCUUUCAGUAUUGCAGAAGUAUUUUCAGACAAGAUUCUGUCCUGGUUUCCGCUCUACUACCAUGUGAAGUUUGCAUUUCUUGUUUGGUUACAACUUCCAUCCUCAAAUGGGGCAAAGCAUCUGUAUACAAGCCUUCUGCGUCCGUUCUUUCUGAGGCAUCAAGCCCGACUUGAUCAAGCUGUGGAUUUUAUAUAUGGUCAAAUGAGUAAAUUCUUUAGUUCACACCAAGGAGAUUUACAGUUUGCGAGGGUGCUUUUCAUGAAGGUUUUGGCAGCAGCAAGUGGGGUGGUUAAGGGUGUUGUGCCCCCCGGGAAAAGGCAAGCAAGUCCGGCGAUCGAAGACCCUGCAAAACAAACUCAGGACUCUGAAUCAGAAAAAGAUGAGUAGAGCAUUCACCAGUUUCCGUGACCAGAAAUACAUGUUUCAUAGAUCUGGUAGUUAAGGUGUUGAAACUUUUUUCUUUUUGGGUCUCAAUAGAUCUUGUACAUAAUACACAUAUUUUUUGUUUCUAGUUGCUUGUGGAACCCAAGUUCUCAUUCAAGAAGUGAUCUUUGACCAUUAUU